UCUGCUUUGGAGCCAAAGUGGCCAUGGGAGCAGAAGGCGUGGGGUUUGUGGACUGUCACUGUCACCUCUCCGCUGCCGACUUCGACUCGGACCUUGAAGAUGUUUUGGAAAGAGCCAAGAAGGCCGGUGUGUUGGCCAUUGUGGCAGUUGCUGAACAUUCAGGAGAGUUUGAAAAGAUCAUGCAACUUUCAGAAAGAUAUAAGGGGUUUGUUCUGCCGUGCCUAGGUGUUCACCCUGUUCAAGGACUUCUACCAGAAGAUCAACGAAGUGUAACUUUAAAGGAUUUGGAUGUAGCUUUGCCACUUUUGGAAAAUUAUAAAGAUCGCUUGUUGGCAAUUGGAGAGGUUGGAUUAGAUUUCUCCCCAAGAUUUACCAGGACUGAUGAGCACAAGGAGGAGCAGAGACGAGUCCUUAUCAAACAGAUCCAAUUAGCUAAAAAACUAAAUUUGCCUUUGAAUGUUCACUCACGGUCCGCAGGCAGACCAACCAUUAAUCUCUUACGUGAGCAAGGUGCUGAAAAGGUGCUACUCCAUGCGUUUGAUGGCCGCCCAUCUGUAGCCAUGGAAGGAGUGAAUGCAGGAUACUUUUUUUCAAUACCUCCUUCUUCUGCAAGGAGUGAACAGGUAAAUUCUUUCUCUAAACCCCAGCAUAGUAAGCAGAAACUUAUAAAGCAGCUUCCAUUAUCUUCUAUAUGCUUAGAAACAGAUUCACCUGCCCUAGGACCAACAAAACAGGAGCGGAAUGAACCUAAGAACAUUUCCAUUUCUGCAGAAUUCAUUGCCCAGGUGAAAGGUGUCUCGGUGGAGGAAGUUAAAGAAGUAACAACUCAGAAUGCUUUGAAAUUGUUUCCCAAACUCCGGCAUCUGCUUCAAAAAUAAAUAAUUUCCCAGUGUAACACCAGGUGGCAGCAUGAAGGAGGAUGUGCUUUCUGACCAAAGAAAGAACACAUUCUGGAUAGGAGCCACCAGUAUAGAGCUAUGGAUUACUUUAAAUUGUUAUCAGAUCAAGUUUAUGGAAAGGAAAUUCAGAUGGCAGUUAUGGAAUCAGGGUUUAGAUCUACCACUGACUGGGUGUUGUUUAAAAGUCAAUCAAAUGCCAAGAGAGGAGGGUGGGAACAAAUGCUGCUAUUGCUGUUCCUGCCUACACCUCCAUGAGUGCCUCAUGGAACAGAAUGAUAUCAUUUAUUCAGGACAAGGGAAUUCACAUAGGCAAGAGACAAGCAUUAAUAUAUUUUGUAUAGUACUUGAGCCUAAAGGUCUACCUAAUAAGUGCUACUUGUGUUUUAGUCUAGACAUUUAUAUUUAUUUUAUGUAGAUUAAAGAAAGUUUGGCUUUAAGUAUCAGUGCUUUUUGCUUGCUGUAGCAAUCAAUAUUAUAUUUUCAUGUUUAUAAUGUGAAAUACACAUAUGUGAUGUGUAUACAUACAAAUUUAUUGUUUUAAAAAAUUGUAUUAUCACCAAAUCAUUAUUGCCAAAUUGCCAUAAACUAAAGCUAAAGAGAAUAUGAGUUAGAAACAGGAGGUAUCUACUUCCUAAUAAGCCUAGCACAAGGCCUUGCCUACAUCAGGCACCAGUACUCAAAAGUGAUCAUGUCCUCUUGAUCUGUUUCACAGCUUCUAGUAAUCUCUACCAGCUCCUGACCUAGUAGGGAGGAAAUAUUGUAUAUAUGAACUACUUUACUUGUAGAGAACUACAGAAAGUUUCCAUUUAUAUUUAUA